AAAUAAAGGAGUCUAAUAAGGGCUGCUGGCUAGACAAAUAUAUAUGUCAUUUUUGGUUGGGCAAGCUGCAGAACAAGAGGCAGAAAAGAAAAGACAAUUAAUUGAUUGGAGGUUGUGAGCUCGAGAUGAGAGAACGAGGCAGACCAAGGGAGCGAGGCAGCGGACGACAGAGACCAUGGGACCAGCACAGAGCACAGAGCGGAGGACGAAGAAGCAACAGAAGGAAUAACGGAGCAAUUAGCUGGUAUAGAGAUCGCCAGAGACAAGGGUAUGAAGGUGGCUAUGAUCGAAUCCUCUACAACCAAGCAACAGUAUUCUUCUUCACAAACUUUCCAGAUGGUUGGACUUACGAGCAAAUGUGGAGGACCUUCCUUAAGUUCGGACGUGUAUACGCCAUAUACAGCCCGCAGAGAAAGAAUAAAGAAGGAAGCAGGUUUGGGUUUGUCCGAUUCCUUGAUGUUAAGGACGCAAGGAGUCUUGGGAGGCAGUUAAAUCAGAUAUGGAUUGGCAACCAUAAGCUCAAAAUCCACCCUCCUCGCUUCAAUACUGAAGCAAAGACUGCCCUUGAAAGGAAACCUCACACAAAUACUGCAGGAGAUUCUAAACCCAGCUAUGCAGAGGUGGUAACAGGGGUUAGAAGCAGAGGCGAAGAAAGGAUGACUAAUAUGGGUAGCAAACCAGCCCAACCAGGUAUCACAAUCAACAGUGGCAAAACUACGCAAAAAUGGGUAGAGAAGCGGAGGGAGCUGCAUUGGACUGGACUUGAGUUUAAUCCAAAGCAUGAAGACUGGGAAUGGCUAGUGGGAUGCUACGUUGGAACAGCUAGAUCAGUGGAGAUUGUGCCCAUUCUUCAAGAAAGACUAUACAUGGAAGGCCUUUUCUCAAUCAAGCUUCGUGCAAUGGGUGCGAAAUUCGUUCUUAUGGACUGUGAUGAUAAAGAGGAAUUGAAAGAAUUGGUUGAGUCAGCUAAGGAUUGGCUUGGGCAAUGGUUUGUUGACGUUAAGCCUUGGAGCCCCCAAAUGGUUGCUAAUGAGAGAUUUGUUUGGCUAAAGUGUUAUGGAGUUCCCUUGCAUGCAUGGGGACCCGAGUUCUUCAUCUCAAUUGCAAAUCUAUGGGGGAAUUUCAUUACUUUAGAUGAGAGUACUAGCUCUAAAAAGAGAUUUGAUGUGGCCAGAAUUUUGAUCUCUACUUCAGAAACGAACCAAAUAUCCAAAACCCUUACAUACAAAAUCAAUGGCCAUUUCUACCGCAUAAUGUGCAAAGAGGAGGAGACAACAAAUAACAGUUUCUCUUUAAAAUCAGAUUGCAGACCAGUAUUCUCUGAGGAAGAUUGCAGUGAAUCUUGGUCUACUGAUCAAGGUUUUGGCAACCAUAGAGUCUUGCAUGAAAACGACUCCGACUCGGCGUCCGAUGGGGAAGAUGAUGACGUAACUAAUAACCAGGCAGUUGGAGAAGCAUCCCUAGCGAGGAACUCGAGAGAUCUCUCUGACUGGGACAGUAUCAACAACAGAUUUGAUCGGCAGCAAGAGACAGCUAAUUGUUCCCAAGAAAGGCGUGAGGGGGGCUGCACAGUAGAGGCAAUUAAUGAAAAUCUGACGACGCCGAAAAAUUCAAAUGACUUCAACAUUUUGAAUGGGGAAAUUGGGAAGCAAGCAGAUGAACUGAUGAAGCAAUCCUCUGAGCAAUCCAGUAGUGGUCCCCUGCUUCUGGGUCGGGUUUCACAUGAUUCGAGGUGGGCCAUUGAGAAAAAUAUUGGGCCAACUUCGGUAGCCCAGCCAAACUACACCAACUUGGAAAAUUUUAACAGAGUUGAGCCUAAUAUCAGCUAUGAUGGGCUUAACGAAGAAAUACCUGGAUGCUAUAAACUCAAGCCAACUCAAACAACAACUGCAGUUUCAUCACUUAACAACCUGGCAAAUCCGAAUGAUAUAUCUAAGGGCAGGAAUGUUCUUGAGCGGCGACUGGAAGAGGAAUCAGGUGAGGAUGAUGAAAUCAACUCUUUCUGGCAUGGAUUAGCUAGCGAUUCUGAGUUAAUUGAUGAAAGAAAUAGCCGAGGCGGAAGAAAGAAACAGAGAAGGAAAAAGAAGAACAAGCGGGCCAAAUCUCGAUCGUGCCUUGCAGUGUACAAGGAUUCCAAUCCAAUAGAGAUUGCCGGGGUUCAGAAGAUGGGUCGCAAUCGGCCAAGAUCAUCAAAGGAAUUGAGAGAAGGAGUUCCUGAAUUCUACCCAAAGGAAACCGACUCUGUAGCGGGCGCAUCAAUCACAGAUAGUGCAAUUGAAAAUUGCAACAGAGGGUUUCACAACAAGGAGAGAGCCAUCUCAGCACCAGAUGUGUGGAAUCUCAUUAAAGAAAUGGGCUUAGGUGCUGAUGGAAAUGAAGAAGAAAUCAUCAACAAGAUUGAGCUGAUGGAGCAGAGGGACGUCAAUGCCAAAAAACAAAUGCUGGAAGGGAAUAUGGCGAAUGGUGGUGAGAUUAACAAGCCAGGCUUCCAUGAAUUGGUAAUAGAUACAUGGAGAACAGCUGAGGUUCAAGGAUGGAAAGGCUACUGUGUUAAGGAGAAAAUUAAAUCUGUUAAGAAAAGGCUCAAGGAAUGGAGUGUGAAUGACCGCACAAAGCUGGAUCAGAGCAUUGCUGAAAGUAAAGGAAAAAUUGAAGCACUAGAUCUAAAAGGUGAACAAGGGACUCUCUCAAGGCAGGAAAAAGCUAGGAAACAGUGGAUGAGAGAGGGAGAUGCAAAUUCCAAAUUUUACCACAAAUGUAUCAGCAGCAGACAACGAAGGAAAGAGAUUGUCAAUGUCCAGGUGAAUGGCAAAAAGCUAGAAGAUGUUGAUGAGAUAAAAAAUGGCAUAGCAGACUACUUUGAGAACUUGUUUAAAGAGGAAGAAUGGAGAAGGCCGAAUAUGGAUGGCAUCUUUUUCAAACAAAUUUCCCAAACUCAGAACGAUCUACUUGUAAUACCAUUUAGUGAAGAUGAAAUUAAAGCAGCAGUCUGGGAUUGUGGGUGCGACAAGGCUCCGGGACCUGACGGUUUCAAUUUCACCUUCUUCAGGAAAAUGUGGAAUGAGAUAAAGGGUGACAUAGUGGGGUUUGUCCAAGAAUUUCACAAGAAGGGGAAGCUAGUAAAAGGCCUAAAUGUUUCUUUCUUAACAUUGAUCCCAAAAGUGAAGAACCCACAAAGAAUUGAGGAGUUUAGGCCUAUUUCACUCAUUGGCUCCCUAUACAAAAUCAUUGCCAAACUGCUCUCCACUAGACUACGCUCAGUAAUGGCUGAUAUUAUUGGGGAACACCAGAUGGCUUUCAUUGAAGGCAGACAGUUAUGUGAAGGAGUUGUUGUGGCAAAUGAAAUUAUCGACGAAGCUAAAAGGAAAAAGAAGAGCAGCUUCGUCUUCAAAGUCGAUUUUGAGAAGGCUUUUGAUAAGGUGAAUUGGAACUUCCUUGAUUACAUGAUGAUGAGGUUUGGGUUCAAUGAAAUAUGGAGAAAAUGGAUCAUGGCGUGUCUUCAAACCAGUCUACUGUCAGUGUUGGUUAAUGGAAGCCCAUCUAAACAAUUUCCUGUCUCAAGAGGACUUAAGCAAGGCGAUCCAUUGUCUCCCUUCUUGUUCUUGAUAGUCGCAGAAGGACUGAACAGAAUUAUCAAUACUGCAAUUGACAGAGGAUUGUAUGAAGGAGUAAAAGUGGGGAAUUCAGGAGCUAGCUUCUCGCACAUCCAAUUUGCAGACGAUACAAUCAUUUUUGGGGAAGCUUCUGAGAAAAACAUCCAGGUUGUGAAGAGCAUAAUGAGAGCUUUUGAGCUUACUUCAGGCCUAAAAAUUAAUUAUCACAAAAGCCAACUCAUGGGUAUUCAUGUAGAGGCAGAAUGGUUGCAGAAAAUGGCUUGGAUACUCAAUUGCAAAACUGGUGAAAUGCCUUUUAAAUACUUGGGAGUUCCAGUGGGUGGCAAUCACAAAAGAAUUAGCAUGUGGCUACCACUAAUUGAAUCCUUCCAUAAGAAGUUGCUGAAUUGGAAGACUCGUUGGUUAUCUUUCGGUGGCAGAAUUACCCUCCUUAACUCUGUGCUCACUUCACUCCCAGUCUUCUUCUUGUCCGUCUAUCUCGCACCUAAAGGUAUCAUCAAAGCUCUUGAUAAAAUCAGAAAUAAAUUUUUGUGGGGUGGGUGUGAAGAGAGUAGGAAAGUUCACUGGGUCAAUUGGAAGACGGUUUGUACUAGCAAAAGGGAUGGCGGGCUUGGGGUUAAGGAUCUUAGAGUAUUUAACCUAGCAUUACUUGGAAAGUGGUGGGGUAGAUUGGCUAAAGGUCAUGCUGGGUUGUUUUUUAGCCUAAUUAAAGAAAAAUAUGGACUUGGGGGUGGGAAAGACAACACAAUUGAUGAGAUGGGUAGAUGGGAAGGCAACAAAUGGGUUUGGAACCUUCCUUGGAGACGUGCCUUGCACUCUUGGGAACAAGAAUCCAUGCAAGAACUCAAAGGACUACUCAAGAAGAUCAACUUGACCAGAGGGAAGGAAGACACUUGGACCUGGGAACCAGAUAAAUUGGGAGACUACUCAGCUAGCUCAGGAUAUACUACUUUGAUCCAACAUCAACCCUCACCUUACCGACAAAUUUUUGAGAAGAUUUGGAACCCCAUGAUUCCAAGUAAAGUCUGUGGGUUCACUUGGUUGCUAUUACUUGAUAGGAUUCCUUCAAAAAUUAACUUGUUGAGAAGGGGAUUAAUUAAGGAGAUGGAGGCCACAAAUUGUAGUCUUUGUGGACAGAAUAUGGAAGACAGCAACCAUCUUUUUCUCCACUGUCCGGCUACUGCAAAAAUCUGGGCAAUGUGUUACCAAUGGUGGGGCUUCUCUACAGCCAUUGCUGGUUCAUGUUGGGAUUCUUUCAUCCAACAUGAAUCCUUAGUCGCUAAAAGUAAUGAACGGCUGGGUUGGGUCACGGUUUGGUUUUCUCUUGUUUGGGCCAUCUGGACUACCAGGAACAACUUAAUCUUUAGAGGUGGAUCAUUUGAUUCGACAAAGACUUUUGAUCAAAUUCAGGUUCAAGCCUUCCUUUGGGUCAAAAACAAAGGAAAGGAAGGACGAUUUUGUUUUUCUGAUUGGAUUCUCAACCCCAGAUGUUGCAAGAUUUUGUAAUGAACUUCCUAAUGCUGUACUUUCAUUUCAACUGGUGUUGAUUAAUGUAUAAGGGAUCGAGUACCCCUUGUACUCACUAAAUAAAAAAUAAAAAAAAAAUCUUUGC